AUGUCCCUGAAAGCGUGGCUGGGAAUCGAUAAAAUCCAAAAGUUUGGCCAAAUGGUCAAGGAGAUUGGAGGUGUCAAAGCGGUGCUUAAGAAGCGUUAUUUAAUGGACGCGACCCGCGUCGGAACACUCGUCGGUUCGGACAAUUUCGGCAAUCGUUACUACGAGAAUAACGCGUAUUUCGUGCCACGCAACCGUUGGGUCGAGUUUCCCGACAAAGUUUGGCUCGACUAUGAUGCGACUCAAGUGCCACCGGAAUGGCACUCUUGGCUCCACCACAUCACCGAUGAUGCUCCAUCGGUGAAGCCACCACCAACUCAGGAUUGGGUACUCGAACAUAAGGAGAACACCAGUAUCUACGCCGACAAAAAGUACGUUCCAUACUCGACAACUCGUACCAAAAUUCAAGGAUGGCAACCAGGAGAGAAGCCACAAUUCGACUGAAAAUCUAUAAUUAGAGCCCCUGAAAUUUUUUUUUUCGAAAAAGUAGAUUUUUCUCCGUUUUUUUGUGUUUAAAAUCAUAUGAAUUUUGUAGAUUUUUA